AUCGCAAUCACGGUCACAGAUUGAUAAUGGGGGAUGAAGGAGAAAUUCUAAUAAGAAAGUCUAAAAAGGACUUCAACAGAUGCAUUUCUCACGCAGGAGAUGAGUUACGCAGCUUCAGGUCGUGCCUUCGAUGGAUGUGUGUGGAUCAGUCUAGUAUAUGGAGAGCUUGUCUUUCCUGGUCUCUAUUCCUCCUUCUGUCGAUCGUCGUUCCGCUUGUGUCUCAUUUCGUCCUCGCCUGCUCAAACUGCGACGCCAGACAUUACCGCCCUUAUGACACUGUCAUCCAAUUGUCUCUCACCGCCGUCGCUACCCUCUCCUUCUUCUGUCUCUCCAGCUUUGUUCGUAAGUACGGUCUUCGUCGGUUCCUCUUUCUUGAUAAGCUUCGCGAGGAAAGCGAGCAGGUUGGAUUUGGAUAUAGAGAGCAACUCAAUAGAUCAUGGAAGCUACUCCUUGUGUUCGUCCUUCCUUGUUUUGUUGCGGAAAGCGCCUACAAGAUAUGGUGGUACAGCUCCGGGGCAAGUCGGAUUCCUUUCUUGGGAAACGCGGCUGUGAGCGAUGCGGUGGCAUGUACCUUGGAGCUGUGCUCAUGGUUGUACCGGACGUCCAUCUUCUUCUUGAUGUGCGUCUUGUUCCGGAUACUCUGUUCUCUGCAAAUACUCCGGCUGCAAGAUUUUGCCCUAGUUUUCCUACUGGAAUGUGAUGUAGCGUCAGCGUUGAAGGAGCACUUGAGGAUAAGGAGGCAUCUUCGGAUCAUAAGCCAUCGAUACCGAGCUUUUAUUUUGUUUGCUCUGCUGUUCAUCACUGCGAGUCAGCUUGCUUCGUUGCUUACGACCACCCGCUCCAGUGCAGUCAAUAAUAUCUUCAAUGCUGGUGAAUUAGCUUUAUGCUCUAUCACAUUGCUGACGGGGCUAUUAAUCUGCCUACGGAGCGCCACAAAGAUUACACACAAGGCACAGUCAGUGGCAGGCCUUGCUGCCAAGUGGCAUGUAUGUGCCACGAUCGAUUCUUUCGAUGGUACAGAUAGUGAGACACCUGUGACAGAUCAGCCGGCUCGACCUCACGUACGUGAUUUCCCCAUCAAUGCCAAUGGAGAAUGGGAAGACGAUGAGACUGCAGAUGGAGAUGACGAUCUCGACAACACAAAUUUCAUGAUGCCUAUUUAUGCCCGCACCAUCUCUUUCCACAAGAGACAGGCACUAGUGACGUAUUUUCAGAACAACGAAGCAGGGUUUUCAAUAUUCGGGUUCAUGCUGGACAGGUCUACACUCAAUAUCAUCUUUGGAGUCGAGUUUUCUCUCGUCCUCUGGUUACUUGGCAAGGUCAUCUCUAUUUCUUAA